CACACUUCCACUUCGUAGUCAAAGGCUCUCUUUGAUGUUGGAAUUCACGAGGGCAAAUCGUUCGCACUGGUGACUUCGAAACAAUCACAUUUAUAACUAUUCGUUCGACCCCGGAUCUGCACCGAGCACGAGGAUCCGGAAUGGAAGCGUGUCAUAGAGAUCCUUGCGGUGCUCCAGGAGCUAUUCGCACGACCAAUCGUUGAACCCUAAUCACUAGCGUCCCCCCCUGUUUUGUUGCUUCAUCAUCAAGAACGUAUCGGUUCGUCGCGACACAUUCAUCUGCUUGUUUUGACCAUGUCUUCUAUCACCGACGGUGCACGAUUGAGAGUGCCCAGUGGGAGGGGCCCACCCGCCCAUCACGGCUCAUCCUGGACUUUCCCCACAGGUUCGAAACGAUGUUUCGGGUCGCAAACCCUGCGGGUUUGAGCCCAAAUAGCUUCGCAAGGCCGGUUUUCUUAUUUGUAUGGCAGCUGCUUUCUGUGGGAGAUGGUAUUAUUAGAAACAAGCACACCGUCGGUCGCACGCGAAUCGUGCGUCAACUUUCCUGCAACAUACAACGGGAACUCAGACUUACGACGACCAUAACAAACCCUCAAGGUUUGUACUGGAGAGAAACAUGAAAACAAAGAGCGAUAUCACGUUUGUAUACGUUGGACCAAGUACGGGUUGCAAGGGAAACCCAAAGGCCAACCGAGGACCAACUACGAGCCGGGACUCAUGCCACUGCACCAGGACCCCUGGCACAAACCACGGAGGACCGACCUCUGCCAGGCCUGUACGACUUCCAGUUACCCAGUUUCUUCGCGAAACCUUUGCUCAUAGCUCUCUGCUGGCUGAUCCUGUCGCUUUGUCAACAAUGCCAAGUCGAAUUGAGGUGAAUUACCCUGAAUUACCUCGGCAAGCUAGUCUCAAGAA